AUGGCAAAGGAACUUCACAUAGUAAUGCUCCCAUGGUCUGCCUUUGGUCACUUGUUACCAUUCUUUCAACUGUCCGUCGCCUUAGCCAAAUUUGGAGUUCGAGUCUCUUUUGUGUCGACCCCGAAGAAUAUCGAGAGACUUCCAAAUGUGCCUUCAAGUUUAGCUUCUCUAAUAGCCUUAGUGAAGCUGCCACUGCCAAAACUGCCAAACGGAGACCUCCCAGAUGGUGCAGAAGCUACAGUGGACGUUCCAUUUGAGAAAGUUCCGCAGCUUAAAAUGGCUUAUGAUCUCUUGCAACGCCCGUUUCAAAAAUUUGUGGCAGAUCAAUCUCCGGAUUGGAUACUUAUUGAUUUCAUGGCUCACUGGGUGCUUGGCUUUGCUCAGGAAUCACAAAUUCCAGUCAUGUACUUCAGUAUAUUUUCUUCCGCCACGAAUGUGUUUCUUGGUCCUCCAGAAUAUCUCACUGGAGAAGGUCGAACGAGUGUGAGGCCGUCCAUGGAAUCUCUGAUGUCACCCCCACCUUGGGUCAAUUUUACUUCUCCACUCGCACUAAAGAAGCACGAGGCCAUUCCCCUUUUCAAUAAUUUUUUUGUUUCAAAUGGAACUGCAGUCUCUGAUGCAGAACGCCAUGCAAAGAUACUGCAGAAUUGCCAAGCUAUGUCGGUGAGGACAUGCAGGGAGCUCGAAGGCCCUUACUUGGAUCUGCUUAUAGAACUUGUUGGGAAGCCAGUAAUACCAACAGGUUCGCUCCCUGCAGAGAAGCAUGAAAGAGCAGAACUCAGUGGUCAAUCACCGAAGCAUAUUUUUGAGUGGCUGGAUGAACAAAAGCCCAAAUCAGUCGUGUUUGUUGGAUUUGGCAGUGAGUGCAAGCUGAGCAAGGAACAGAUUCAAGAGAUAGCUUAUGGGUUAGAGCUUUCUGAUGUGCCAUUCCUAUGGGCUCUAAGAAGACCUGAAUGGGCUGAUGAUGAAGCAGAGGUUUUACCUGUUGGGUUUGGUUCAAGAACAAGAGGAAGAGGGUUAGUGAACAUGGGUUGGGCACCCCAAAUGGAAAUUCUGAGCCAUGAAUCGAUUGGGGGUUCAUUGUUUCACACCGGAUGGGGCUCUGUGAAUGAGAACUUGGGAUUUGGACACAGCCUUGUGGCGCUACCUAUGAUAAUUGAACAGGGUUUGAAUGCAAGAUUACUGGUAGACAGGGGUUUGGCGGUAGAAGUAGACAGAGCAGAAGAUGGAUCGUUUAGCAGGGAUGAUAUAGCCAAGGCUUUGAGAAUGGCUAUGGUUUCAGAAGAAGGAGAGCCACUGAGGCUUCGUGCAAGGCAGAUUGCUGCUGUUUUUGGAGAUAUCAAGUUUCAACAAGAACAUUACAUUGGCCAACUUGUUGAGUUUAUGAAAUCGUAUAAUAAAUCUAAGUAA